AGGUGAAUGUAUUUGUCCUUGUCACCAACUAGGCUAGGGUUCGUAUUAGUGGCCACUCCUCUCCGCCAAACCCAAAGAGAAGAACAAACCUACAAAAACUAUUCCCAACUCCGUUUGUCAUUUGCGUCUCGCCAGCGGGAAACGGCGGCUUUAUCAAUCACUCCCUCCCUCGUCGUUUUCCCUUUCUCUCUCUGCCGCUUUAUCUUAAAGCCUAAGCGAGCAACUUUCCGUUCUCAAUCCGAUCCUUCCUUCGCUGACCCUUGUUUUUGCGAAUUCUCGCGAGAUGGACGAGAACGUGCUCGACGAUAUCAUACGGAGGCUCGUUGCGGCGAAGAACGGGAGAACGACGAGGCAGGUGCAGCUUACGGAGGCGGAAAUUCGACAGCUCUGUGUUUCCUCCAAGGAGAUCUUCCUCAGUCAACCCAAUCUUCUCGAACUUGAGGCUCCUAUUAAGAUUUGUGGAGAUGUUCAUGGCCAAUACUCAGAUCUUUUAAGGUUGUUUGAAUAUGGGGGAUACCCACCUGAAGCAAAUUAUUUAUUUCUUGGAGAUUAUGUUGAUCGUGGUAAGCAGAGUAUAGAGACAAUAUGCUUACUUCUUGCGUACAAGAUCAAAUACAAGGAGAACUUCUUUCUUCUCAGGGGCAACCAUGAGUGUGCCUCCAUCAACCGAAUAUAUGGUUUCUACGAUGAGUGUAAGAGGAGGUUUAAUGUUCGCAUCUGGAAGACAUUUACUGAUUGCUUUAACUGUCUACCUGUUGCUGCUCUGAUAGAUGAGAAGAUCCUCUGCAUGCAUGGUGGACUAUCGCCUGAUCUUAAAAACUUGGAUCAGAUACGGAAUAUUGCUCGUCCUAUUGAUGUGCCAGAUCAUGGUCUUCUCUGUGAUCUUCUAUGGGCUGAUCCUGAUAAAGAUCUUGAUGGGUGGGGAGAAAAUGACCGAGGUGUGUCAUUUACAUUUGGGGCUGACAAGGUUGUUGAAUUUCUUGAACAACAUGAUCUUGAUCUGAUAUGCAGAGCUCACCAGGUUGUAGAGGAUGGAUAUGAGUUUUUUGCCAAGCGUCAGCUGGUGACAAUAUUCUCCGCACCAAAUUACUGUGGUGAAUUCGAUAAUGCUGGUGCUAUGAUGAGUGUGGAUGACACCUUGACAUGCUCUUUCCAAAUACUUAAAUCAUCUGAAAAGAAAGGGAAAGUUGGAUUUGGCAACAACUCAUCAAGACCGGGAACUCCACCCCAUAAGAGAAUUAAUUAACAUUCCCGAGGUGUAGAGGGUGAAUGAGCUGGAUGGAGGCUUUCAUUCUACAUAUUAGGUUAAAGGCUUGUCGUUCUGCUGCCUGGCAUAAUUCACAACAUAUAAAGCAUGACGCCUUUCCUUCCUUGGCAACGAAACUAAAGACAGUCUGGCAAGGAACAAGGCACUUUAUUGUGCGACUUCGAUUGACCCCCUUCCCUUUUUUUCCUUCCUUCUUUAUGAUAGUUUUUUUUUUUUUUUUUUUUUUUUUUUUUUUUUUUUUAAUCUUCUUUAUGUACAAUGCAAAUUCAAACUUUAUAAGGAGAAAUCCUUAAUAUCUAAUUUUGUUGCGAAAUUUAAUUUAGGUUAAAUUCAAAAUUUCAACCCUUUCGUUUU